AACGAUUAAAACCGUAUAGGUACUAGUAUAAAUAUGAAGUCCGGCAAAUCCGUAAAGUAUAGUGCGAUCGCCUUAGACUACCUGCUUGAUUGGUUUGUCCAUUUCAAUAGGUAUGGCUUUUUCGGUGAUCCCGAAUAACCGCAACGCCAUAACGGCCGUCGCGCUUGUUUUACUAGUAACAAACGUCGAACUAGCACCGAAUAAACCCGGAUGUGCAUCUCAGAUAGCCAGAAGUAAUACAGGUCAAGGAUUUGGUCUAGGAGAAGGAUUCGGCAUAGGUGAAGGAAGCGGUAGUGGAGGAGGUUUUGGUUUAGGAGAAGGAUUCGGCAUUGGUGAAGGAAGCGGUAGUGGAGGAGGUUUUGGUUUAGGGGAAGGAUUUGGUAUUGGUGAAGGAAGUAGUUAUGGAGGAGGUAGUAGUAUUGGUGAAGGUUUCGGUCUAGGAGAAGGAUCCGGUAGUGGCCAAGGAAGCGGUGCUGGUCAAGGUAGUGGCAGUGGACAAGGAAGCGGUACUGGUCAAGGAAACGGUUCUGGUCAAGGUAGUGGCAGUGGACAAGGAAGUGACAGUGGACAAGGAAGUGGUAGUGGAGGAGGUUUUGGUUUAGGGGAAGGAUUUGGUAUUGGUGAAGGAAGUAGUUAUGGAGGAGGUAGUAGUAUUGGUGAAGGUUUCGGUCUAGGAAAAGGAUCCGGUAGUGGCCAAGGAAGCGGUGCUGGUCAAGGUAGUGGCAGUGGACAAGGAAGCGGUACUGGUCAAGGAAACGGUUCUGGUCAAGGAAGUGGUAGUGGACAAGGAAGUGGCGCAGACCAUGAAAGUGGUAAGAAACCACCAAAUUUAGGAGUCGGUCCUGUUCAAAUACCACCACACCACGGGGGUGGUAAGCCACCACAUCACGGAGGCGGUGAGCCACCACAUCAUGGAGGCGGUGAACCACCACAUAAGCCACCGCAUCACGGAGGCGGUGAGCCACCACAUCAUGGAGGCGGUGAACCACCACAUAAGCCACCACAUCAUGGAGGCGGUGAACCACCACAUAAGCCACCGCAUCACGGAGGCGGUGAGCCACCACAUCAUGGAGGCGGUGAACCACCACAUAAGCCACCACAUCAUGGAGGCGGUGAACCACCACAUAAGCCACCGCAUCAUGGAGGCGGUGAGCCACCACAUCAUGGAGGCGGUGAACCACCACAUAAGCCACCGCAUCACGGAGGCGGUGAGCCACCACAUCAUGGAGGCGGUGAACCACCACAUAAGCCACCACAUCAUGGAGGCGGUGAGCCACCACAUCAUGGAGGCGGUGAACCACCACAUAAGCCACCGCAUCACGGAGGCGGUGAGCCACCACAUCAUGGAGGCGGUGAACCACCACAUAAGCCACCGCAUCACGGAGGCGGUGAGCCACCACAUCAUGGAGGCGGUGAACCACCACAUAAGCCACCACAUCACGGAGGCGGUGAGCCACCACAUCAUGGAGGCGGUGAACCACCACAUAAGCCACCGCAUCACGGAGGCGGUGAGCCACCACAUCAUGGAGGCGGUGAACCACCACAUAAGCCACCACAUCACGGAGGCGGUGAGCCACCACAUCACGGAGCCGGUGAACCAUCACAUCACGGACCAUUGAGGCCACCUCACCACGGACCCUAUAAGCCACCACACCUCGGAGGCGGUGAAGGUGAAAGUGGGGAAGGUCAAGGAAGUGGCAGUGGACAAGGAAGCGGUGCUGGCCAAGGAAACGGUUCUGGUCAAGGCGGGGAAGCUCAAGGAAGUGGUAGUGGACAAGGAAGCGGUGCUGGUCAAGGAAACGGUUUUGGUCAAAGCGGGGAAGGUCAAGGAAGUGGUAGUGGACAAGGAAGCGGUGCUGGUCAAGGAAACAGUUCUGGUCAAGGCGGGGAAGGUCGAGGAAGUGGCAGUGGACAAGGAAGUGGCGCAGGCCAUGGAAGUGGUAAUAAACCACCAUCUUACGGAGGCGGCCCUGUAUGCUACUAGGAAAAAAAAUUAUAAUAUUUUGAGCUGAACUGUAUUUAUUUAAUUUGUUUGGUAAUGGUUAAUUUUUAAAAAUGCUAUAAUGUGUAUUACAUAGUAAAGUUAUA